CUUGUCCUUCUAUUGAUUCUUUAUUUCUUUCUUCUUAUAUACGGAACAUAUGUCUACUGUUACAAGAAGAAGAGUAGCAGGCCAUAGUGCCAACUCAGAUGACGACAAUACAUCAAACACAGACUCUACACACAAUAGUCCCAUAACUGAUAAAAAAAUAGCCUAUGAUCCUCGCGAUAUAGAUGAAAGCAAGUCUACACCUAAGUUGACUCUUAUGGAAGAAGUCUUAUUAUUAGGACUUAAAGACAAACAAGGCUAUCUUUCAUUCUGGAAUGACAGUAUUAGUUAUGCUUUACGUGGUUGUAUUGUGAUUGAAUUAGCGCUUAGAGGCAGAAUCUCCAUGGUCAAAGAUCCUAACCGUCGAAAAUAUGCUCUUUGUGAUAGACACAUUGAAGUCAUCAAUGAUAAUUUGACAGGCGAAGUAUUGUUGGACGAAGCACUAAAGAUGAUGAAAGUGAGUGACAAAAUGAGUGUGUCAAGCUGGAUUGAUUUGAUGAGUGGCGAAACAUGGAAUGUAAUGAAGAUUGGGUAUCAAUUAAAGCAAGUUCGUGAACGUUUAGCCAAAGGCCUUGUAGACAAAGGCGUGCUUCGAACUGAAAAGCGUAAUUUCUUAUUAUUUGAUAUGGCCACACAUCCAGUUGCUGAUCCUGCAGUAAAAGAAGAAAUCAUUAAGCGAGUUUGUGCGAUGCUUAUCACCCGCGUAUCACCUGCAUCUGUAGAUGCUCAAUCAGACGUACCACAUGCCUAUGUUCGAACUGUUAGCAUGGUUUGUGCUGCUUAUGCUGCUAAUGUCUUGGAAAAUGCUCUGCUCUAUUUACAGCCUGAUUUAAGAGAACAAGCAUUUCUUAAGGUCGAUGAAUUAAUGAAUGAUUAUUCUUCUUGGCCAUUUACAAGUAGUAACGGCAAAGUAGAAAUACCUUCUGGAACUGAUCUUUCUUUGGAAGUUGUUGCAAGUGUCUUGAAUGUACUUGCAAGAAUGGACGCUAUUUUGUAAAAAAAAAUACAGUUUUCUUUAUAUCUAUACACCAUUUCUUUCUUUUUUUUCUCCUUUUCUAUAAUUCUUCUUUUCUCUCUUAUCAUACCGCAAUAAAGAAAGAAAGCUCUCCUAAAUAUCAA